GAAAGGCUCGCCAAGGGGCACAGAGUGCGUGGGCGGGCCUCCUGCCGUUGCCAUGGCUGGCCAAGCAGAUAAGAAGCAGGCUAAGAAGGCGGAGUCGUCCAUUCAGUACUACCUCUUCGCCAUCAUCGGUGUCAACCUACUCUACCUCAUCUUUCGCGUGUUUCUGGCAUGGGACUCCAUGGGCAAGUGGAACUUGUGUGGCAUGCUGCUCUUCUCGGGCGUGUCCUACUUCACGUUUGGAGCCAUCAAAAGCUCCUUGGAGGUCGGAGCGACAUUCGAGAUGUAUCUGGACCUCUUUCUCGUGAACUUGGCGACGCAGGCACUGGUGACCUUCAGUGACUACGGGUGGCUGUUGUACCUCUCAGUUCCGGGCUACGCCGGCUGGAAGAUCAUGAAGCUGGUCAUGGACUACGUCUUCACACCCACAGAUGCGGAAAUGGCCGAGAACGAUCCUGAGUACAAGAAGCGGAUGGAGAAGAAGGAGAAGAAGGCAGAGCGUCAGAAAUUCAAGGUGAUGAAGCACUAAGGCCGAGAGCAAAGACCAAGGGUCCAAAGGCAACUGGCCCUGC